AUGAAGGAGGAUACACCAAUUCUCUAUCCGAACGAGCGGGUUGGAGCGCGCGUAGGCGCCUACGCCCAAGAACAUACGACGGGCAUCCCACGGCAUAUUGUUGAAUACCAUGGAUACGUCUGCGACACGAUGCCAGAGACCGCAAACUACAUGGUGUCUACCUCUCAGGCACAGGCAAUGUCGUUUCUCGCAAAGACAUUAGGCGCUAAGAGAAUUCUCGAAGUUGGCGUCUACGUCGGUCUGUCCAGCUUGGUCUGGAGCCACGCCGUUGGCCCUGAAGGUAGGGUUACCGGGCUGGAGUUUGACCCGUCGUUCGCCAAUCUGGCUGAAGAGGCCUUUAAGAAGUACGGCGUGAAGAACGUAGAGGUGAUCGUGGGUGAUGCUCUCAAGACUCUCCCCGCGCUUUCUCCCACGGCGCCAUACGACAUGAUCUUCAUCGAUGCCCAGAAGUCUGGAUACCCAGAAUACCUCAAGUCGAUUCUCGAGUCGUCUCUGCCCGGGUCUCAGAAUCGUCUUCUCCGCCCUGGAGGUCUGAUUAUCGGCGACAACACUCUGAGAUGCAGCUUCGUGGCGGAUGAUAGCGAAGACAACCCGUGGCGCCAAUUCGACUUUGGCCCUCGCCGCAGUGAGUAUUGGAAGUCGGAUGAUAUCAAGACCCUGCGGAGGUAUAACGAGAUGGUCACUGAGGCAGACCGGCUGGAAAACUGGCUCUGUCCGCUGUGGGAUGGCAUCAACAUUUCUCGACUUCUCGAUUAA